AAAAAGCAGAGGAAUGAAUAGCAACUCAUUCAUUCACUCAUUAUAUAAAUGCGUUUGUAGUUUUGAAUAGUUGAGGGGUUCAAUUGAUCAAUUACUAUUUCUUACGUAAACUAAGAUAUAUAAAGUUGAUAAAUAAACACAAACACAAAUUUCACAACAUAAAGAUGAUGAGCUACUUUUGCGGCUACAACGUUGUUGUGAUGUUGUUUUUCAUGUGUUUAUUAUUAUUGCUUAAUAAUAAAAACAAUAUUGUGCUUGGUUUAGGAGUUGAAGAUGAUCACCAAUUGUUGGAUUUAUCGAACAGAGAUGAAGUGGUGGAAAUUGCUGGCUAUGGAGAAGAGAAGCUAUCAACUGUUCUCAUUACUGGCUCACUUCAUUGUGGAGGAGAUCAUCAUCAUCCACAUGCAAUGCCAAUACCAGGAGCUUUGGUUGCUAUCAACUGCCAAAGCCAUGCCAAGGAGAGAAAAGGCAAAUCAAUGGUGGCACGAGGUGUAACUGAUGAAUUUGGGGAUUUUAUGGUCGACCUCCCUUCCUACCUUCAUGCUAUUCCAAACUUGGAAAAAAUAUGCAGAGUGAAAGUUCAUCGAAUUCCAAAGGGAUCACCUUGUAGACCAGCUCGUCAUGUCAACAAACACAAGGGACUUUUUAGUCUCUCUUCCAUUGGGAACGGCAUCCGCACUUAUGAUGCCGGAAACAUAAGAAUCCAACAUUCGGGGUCUGAACCCGGAAAGAUAUAGCAGGAAUCAAGGCGUAGAUUUGAAACAAGAGCACCAUGACUCACUUGGAUGGCGCUUAAGUCACAGAAUUGGGUUGCAUGGGUUUACAUCUCUAAAGUAGAUACUACAUAUAGGGUAUACGUGACAGCCAUUACUUUGUAAAGAUUACAGUGGCUCAAGUUUCAGAGCUGAUUGUGUGAGAUUGUUAAAUACUGUAAGUUGUGUGUAACAACAUCUAGUAUUUGGUCAUAUGAGUUGUGUGUUACUUUUCAUCUUUCUUUUUUUUUGGGGGUGCAACGUUACUUUUCAUCUUUUCUGUGCAUCAGUUCCACGUAAAUUUGAUUUUGUAUGAAUAAAAAAGUAAUUGCUAUGCUUAGCAUGUUAGAAGUAA